AUGCCCCACGAUCUUUCGUUCAAUCUUACACCGAUUUCGAUCAGCGAAAAACACUGUCAUGGUAGAUUGCGAAAAAAAAUCAAUUUGCUUGAUGGAUUAGCCCAUGAAAUUGAAAUAUUUUCCAGAUCAUUGUCAAGUCCUGGCCUGGAACUUAUGCAAACACCAAGUGCUGUUGUAACAGCUUAA